GCAAAAUGUAGAUACGAUUUCAGAUUUAAUUUGGACCAAAUUAAAUUUUAUGUAUAUUGAAGCUUGGGCUCCAGUCAAUUAUGGACUGUAAUUUCCAAAAUAAAAGGCGCCAGACGGUAAAAUUUUCAGGCGGAUUCCGAAAUUAGAAACUCCACUGAUUCGAUCACUCGCCUGAGAGAAAGAUAAGAUCAAUGGCGAACAGGCUUAGGAAGAUGCGUUAUGAGAGGAGGGCGGCUUCCAUCAUCAAGAAAACAAGAGAGCUCGAAACGCUCUGCAACAUCAAACUCGCCGUCGUCAUUGUGGGCCCCGACGGCAAGACGGAGACUUGGCCGCCCGACCCCGCCGCCGCCAAAGCCAUAUUCGACGCCGGAAAGGAGAACUUCGGCCGCGCGACGGCCGUUAGAGGCAAGAAACGGAAUUCCCCUGAUUAUAAAAAUGAAGAAGAUGAAGAAGAAAAAGAUUCUCACCCAAGGCCAUUGAAGAAAGAAUGCAUGACGGCCGCCGGCGGCGGCGGCGGCGGAAGGUUUGGUCAUCAAGAAGAUUCGGAAUUCGCCGGUGCAACUGUGAGUGGAAGAGAAAUUGAGUCAAUGGGUGAUCCAUAUUUCGGGUCUGGGCUUGGAGAACUGCUUAAACCUUAUAUUCGCU